UUCUGGGCCCACUCUCUCCGGCACGCAGGGCCGCUCAAGAUCCCCAAUCCAGUGCGCACGGCGGCGAAGCCAUGGCCGGCCGCCGCGACGGCGAGCACAAGGCGGGCCCGUGGCGGCCUGGGGCGCCGGGGGAGGAGGGGGACUCCGGCUCCUUCCCCUCCGCCAUCAUCCUCUUCGCGCUCGUCGGCGCCACCGCCACCACCGCCGCCGUUGGUCAACUGCGCCGGACGGUCAGAUGGUUCUACACUCAGCUUAGUAGGUCGGAACAAUAUGUGUACUGGGAAGAUAUACCUCGAACUCGAAGGCCAAAUCGGUCUGGUGAAGCCUGGGAACAAUAUUACCAGAGGAUGCGCGAAAGGAGCGAGGAUCAAAGGGGAAGAGUGGAACACAUACGUCGCAUGCAAGAUGUAUUUAAAAAGGAGCGAAGUAAAUGUCGGGACUAUCGAACUUGGGAAAGCCAUAAUCCCAACUAUUAUCAUCAUGGUCAAAGGGAUGAGUGGUACUGGGAUGCAGAAGCAUUUUAUGCCAACCAAAGGACAAAUUUCAGGUCGAUGCCCAGGGAAACUAUGAGCUACGCAAUGUCACAUCACUAUUCUAUUUUGGGUCUUGACAGGUCAAGAUCAGAGCCAUUUUCAGAUGCUGAAAUCAAGAAUGCUUUCAGGAGAAAAGCAAUGGAGUAUCAUCCAGACCAAAACCAAAAUAACAAAGAGGUCGCCGAGGCAAAAUUCAAAGAGGUUAUGGAUUCUUACGAAGCAAUAAAAUUAGAGCGGGGAAAUGGAAGCUGCUGAUUGCGUCCACAGGUUUUGGGGGUGGAGGGAGGGAACGCUGUAUAUAUGUCAUUUGACGCAAGACGAACAAUAUCAAGAAUAUAAACCAUAUGCCUCGGACAAGCUGAUGCAAACAUUGUUGUUUUUCCUUGAUAAUCACUAAUAAAACCAUGUAGAAUAGAGUGGUUCCCACUGGUAGAAGACACAACUUCAGUGUGGCGCUCAACAGGAUGAGUGACUUUGCUGACCUUUUCUUUUUUUAUUUAUUCAUGUAUCAAUAAGAUUAUACUGGCGUAUGUAUCAAUAAGAUUAUACUGGCGUAUUUAUUAUUGCUUGGCACAA